GCCGUGCGCCACCACAGGCGGGGCUGCGCACGCGUGUCACCGCGGGACUAUCUGCAUACAGAGAUUGAAGAUAAAGCUGACAGGACAACUUCUUUAGCCACCUGGCUUCACUGUCAGAAAAAAAGGACCCUGAAGAUCAAGCCUGACCAUGCUGAGAUUUGGGCAGCACCUCCUCAAGCCCUCGGUGGUGUUCCUGAGGACAGAGCUGUGCUUUGCUCUGGUGAACCGCAGGCCGGUGGUGCCAGGACAUGUCCUUGUUUGUCCCCUGCGGCCGGUGGAGCGUUUCCGUGACCUGCGUCCCGAGGAAGUGGCUGAUUUGUUCCGUACGGCACAAAGGGUCGGCAACGUGGUGGAGAAACAUUUCUGUGGCACUUCUCUCACCUUUUCCAUCCAGGAUGGCCCUGAAGCUGGACAAACAGUGAAGCAUGUUCAUGUCCAUGUGCUGCCAAGGAGGGCUGGAGACUUCAGCAGGAAUGAUGAUGUCUACGAGGAGCUGCAGCGCCACGACAAAGAUGAUUCCCCUGACAAGUGGAGGACAGAAGAAGAAAUGGCAGCUGAAGCAGAAAUUCUGAAGAAGUAUUUCCAGGAAAAUUAGAGGUAACAAAGUGUUUGGAACACAUCCCAUGACACCAGAAAGUCCCCAGAAAGAAAAACCUCAUUCUCCAGUUCUCAGUGGCCCUGGAGCUGCAGCUUGACAAUUUUAUUAUGUUCUACAAAUAUGGGAUUCUUCCAUGAAAAAUUUUAUUGGACCUUUGGAUAUCAUCAAGGUUGAAUUCCAGCUAAGACAACUAAACAGCACUGGUUCAAAAUAUUGCUCUGAAUUGUAACUCAUAUUUUUCUGAAUUGUGUACUUGGGAAUGAAUCUUUUUAAAUUGUCCCUUGGCCUAAAUAGAAAUAAAGUGCCAGGAAAAUCAGGUA